AUGGGUUCGUGUUCUUCGGUCCCCAGAAACGCUAACGCAGACAUGAAGUUCAAACUCUCGUUCUGUUCCAAAUCUGAGAAGCUUGUGAUUCCUCCAUCACCCAUCAAGGGACAACCCCAAAAUGGAGACUUUAAGUGGUCAACGACUACCAUCACGGACCAAGGUAGCAAAGAGGAAGCAUUUUUUGAUUCGAAAACCUGGUUAGACUCAGAUUGUGAAGAUGAUUUUUAUAGUGUCAAUGGUGACUUUACACCAUCUCGAGGGACCACACCAGUUCACCACACUUUUGGGAUCCCUUCUAGGAGUAGAAUUCCUGGUUCUAUUUCAAUGGCUGAACCAUCCCCAGAGAAGAAAAAGAAACUGUUGGAACUUUUUCGUGAAAGUGUGAAAGAUGACCAAGGUGAUGGCCAUGGACACAAAGAAGUCAAACCAACUAUACAAGAUGUUAUGCCUAAAUCUGCACAUUCCACUCCUUAUAUCUCAGGGGCUAACUCUACAUGUAGUAGUGAAAGAACCAUGAGUGAGGAUCGUGCAUCCAUUAGAGAGAAAUCGGUUAAGUCUUUGCAUUGGUGCAUUCCAAGCUUGUCCUCAUGCAGAAGCUUUAGGGAGAGAAGUAGGAAGACAAGUCCUGCAGUAGAAGUAAAUGGAAAACAUUAG